AAUAGCAGUAAACCACAGUCGUUGCAGUCCAGUGCAAGCGGAGAGCAGCAUCGCCAUCGGGGUCUCGGGGAGAUGCAGGCGGCGCUUCUACUCCCAGCGCGGCCGGCGCCGCCGUCGCCGGCGGCGAUCUGGCGGCGGGCCCUCCCGGCGUCUGCGUCCGUCGUGCGCUCCCCCCUCCCUGCCGCGCGUCGCUGCGGCGGAUUGAGCGCUGCGCGGCGACUUACUGCGGCAGCGUCCUCCUCCUCCUCGGGUCCUCUCUACCCGACGCCUCCCCCCUCUGAGCAGGAUAUCGAGCGGGCCAAGUUCGAGCAGGUGGUCAAGAGACUGGGGAAAACAGCAAGAUAUUUCAAGAAUUUGGGUACCCUUGGUUUCUGGUCCCAGUUGGUGUCCACAGUUGUUUCCGCUGGAAUUCUGUCAUUCUCAAUGGUUAUUACUGGGAAGGUGACAGCACCGUUUACAUUCUAUGCAACUGCUGCUGGUGUUGCUGCGGGUUUUAUUUCAGUGUUCUGGUCAUUUGGUUACAUCCGCCUUUCUGAAAGGCUUAGGAAAACAGCAAGUGAACCUGCAAAGGCUCCUCCACGUGCUGAUGUAAUUAAAAGUCUGAAAAACGGCAUUUUUCUUAAUAUGGUCGGGAUGGGCGCUGCAGUUCUCGGCAUGCAGGCAACUGUUGGGGCUUUGGUAGCGAAAGCUCUUACUACCUCUUCAGUACCCUACUAUCAAGCAACUUCCCCUGGCCAAAGUCCUGUUUUGGCUUUAGAUGUUUUCUUAGUUCAGGCUUCAGCGAACAUCAUCCUGUCGCACUUCCUUGGACUGGCGAGCUCCCUUGAGUUGCUGCGCUCUGUGGCCAUCCCUCCAGCAGAAGCUGCCGCGGCGUGAGCAUCAGCGCAUGCCAAAGGCAAGGACCCCCGUUGCACUCCUUCCUCAUUUCUUGUUUCUGGCUACAGUAUUUGCUAGGAGUAGCACUACUCGUAUGCAUGUAUGUUUCUUGUUCAGAUUAAAACCAAGAAAAAAAAUAUCUUGCUUUUGCUGCGUAA